AUGGCAGCUCUCUUCGAAAUUUGCAAGUGUUGCCUUGGUCGUCAGAAGGAAGCUAGACAAGUCGAGUACCGCGGAAGGGACGGUGACCUGGCGGAGGAGAGCGGCGGAGGUAAGCUCGGAGGAGAUUGCGCAGUCGGCUCAGACGGCUACGAUGUGGAGACCCGCAGCCUCGAGGACUUGGCCAGAUCUCCACAUGAUGCAGCAAGGUGGAGACAGGAUUUUCAAAGCGCCGGCGAUGGCAAGAAGAAUCCCAACAUGUGCCGCAUCCGUGGGCUGCGGCAACUGGUUUGGCUGCAGACCGAGAAGGAAUUGAUCAGGCUGGAGAAAGAGGAGCCGCAGAAGCUGGGACAAGUGGGCACGAUUCCCUUUGAGGUGAGAGACUGCUCGCAGGCAGACGGCCAAGAGGAAUUACAAAUCACGAAGGUAGAAGUCAUGGAGUGCGACAUGCUUGACAAAGCUGGAGAUUUUGCCAAGCAGGGCUGCACCGUGGCAGUGCUGAACAUGGCCUCCUCGUCCUCGCCGGGGGGAGGCUUCCGCUUUGGUGCCGGCGCACAGGAGGAGAAUAUGUAUCGCAGAAGCGACCUCUACCGCUUCCUUGAGCCAUACAAGGGAAGCUUGUACCCGAUAAAACCAGAUGCAUGCUUGUUGUCCACGAACGUCACCAUCCUCCGUGGCCCUGAAAAGGAAGGGUAUCCAUUUCUGGUUCCAUCCUUCGAAGCCACGAUCAUCACGUGCGCUGCGCUGCGCAGCCCUGCACUCACCACGGAUCGCAAGUAUAAGUACGCAGAGGAUGAGGAGUCCAUGCGGCAGAAGGUGCGCGUCAUCCUGAGGGGUGCCGAGAAAGCCGGCUGCGACGCCUGUGUCCUCUCAGCCUUCGGCUGCGGUGCCUUCGGAAAUCCACCAGAGGAGGUCGCUCGAUUGUUCCACGAGGAGAUCGCAACGGUGAAGCUGCAAAAGGUGUGUUUUUGCAUCUUCAACGAUCACAAUGCUGGCCGAGCGCAUAACCCUCAAGGCAACUACUUCCCCUUCAAGAAAGCUUUUGAACACGAUGCGGGCAAUGCCACCGGCUGCGGCAGUUGA